AUGCCUCCAAGCUCAACUAAGCAGGUCAAGAAAAUUUCAUGCAAAAGAUGCCAGUACAGAAAGUUGAAAUGCUCGCGUACCGAACCAUGCCCGAAUUGUGUUACGGCUAAGACGACAUGCGAGUACCGCGAAGUCGACCGAAAGAGAGUACCAGUCUCGCAUGAGUACGUCGCGAGCCUGGAAAGCCGACUGUCUUGGUUUGAGUCAUUCAUCAAGAACCUUCGCGCCGCAACGCCAGACCAGCGAGAAGAGAUGCUGAACUCAGCCACUCCGGACGAGGACUCCGCGGGGAGCAAGACGAACCCUCCGAGUGAAUACGUCACUCAGCUCGGCAUCAGUUCAGGCAAUCAAGCAAAUCUUGAGCUGGGACUUGAGGGGUCGCUUGUCUAUCAUGGAGCAACGAGUAUUUUCCGUACCAAGGCAGAUCAAAGACAGACAGGCGUCGGCGACCUUGCUCUUCAGGGGUACUACGACGGAGUUGAGUCGAACUUCGAAAGUGUCAUGGAGCACUUCGGCAUUAGCAUGGACGAUGAAGUCGUCAUGAAGUCUCUAACGCAAUUCUUCCGGUGGCAAUAUCCGCACUUUAUGUUCAUCUAUCGCGAGGCCUUUUUACGAGAUCAUUUCGGCGACCGGAAGAAGGGGAAGUAUUGGUCAUCGGCCCUUCUCCUUUCCAUAUGCGCCCUGGGAGCACUCGUAUCGCUGGAAACCAAGGCCUCCAGUGAUCAGUUCUUCCUAGCGGCAGAAAGCAUAAUCAUGGUGACUGGUCUGACAAGACCAUCGAUUGCUACUGUGCAGGCUUUCCUCUGCCUUGCAUUCUACGAGAUUGGAAGAGGUAAUCUGUCGAAGGGAUGGGGCUAUUCUGGCAUUGCCUUUCGCAUGGCUCAAGACUUGGGCUUUCAGAGAGAUCCGAAAGAUUGGGUCCAGCAUGACUCCUCUCUUGCAACUUCCGAAGACGUUGAGAUUCGCAGACGCAUUUACUGGGGCUGUUACAUCUCCGAUAAGCUGAUCAGUCUCGUACUCGGUCGUCCAGUGUAUCUCGUCUACGAGGAAGCAGAAGUUCAGCCAAUGGAAACUUUGCCUGAACCACCUGAAAUGGCGUUGUGGCGACCAGUGGGUUUCGAUAACGACUACACCGAGUUCACGAAAGCUACAUCCAUGAUCCCUUAUUUGCACGAGCAGAUCCGCCUGUCGAGAAUCAUAGAACGGAUGAUGUCGACACUGUUUUCUCCGCGAUCUCAUCUUGAUGCCAUCAGUCGGCGCAUUUGCUUCGACAACAUCAAUUUAGAACUAAACCGAUGGCGAGAGACGUUACCAGACUUUGCGAAAUGGCAGAAAUGGGGUCCUUCAUCCAAGCCAAUACCCGGGGUUCUGGCUUUACAGCAGUAUUCCCGUUCCAAGGACAUUGACUUGUUCUCUUGCGAUACCUGCUCCACGAUACUCUUCGCACGCGGCACCAGCAUUGAAGAGCAGCAACAGCCACCCUGGGCCACAACCGGUGCUCUGAGCAACUCUCCGGGGCUAGUCAAGUACGCCAGCCACAUGUUUCUCGACGAUACCGUUGAUGGCGGUGCAGCGCUUUGGCUGCCAAAAGGCGACAGAGAGCACACCGUCAUGCGUUUCAGGGGACAGUACGGGGAGAGUGAGCAGGUUCCUCUGUCAUGGCCAGAAUUCGACCCGUUGGUCAACGCGGACCCGCCAGCCUCGACAUCAAUCUAUUGUCAUUACCCCGCUAUGCUGAAGUUCAAGGCCGUCGUUGACACGAGCGACUCGUCUCGUGCCGCUAUGGGCACCGAACUGGCAUUCUGGGCUUGUGCGCCUCUCUCCCAUGUCACCUUCGAAGGGCAAACCAACGCUUCUGAUUUCCCAAGCUCUAUCGACACUCUACGGGAGUCUGUAAACGACUCAGAAGAUACUCGCUUUGGGACUCUCAAGCACUACAAGAGCUCUUCUGGCACGCAUCAGUAUUUCUGUGGCAAAUGCGCUGCCAGUGUUUUCUGCACCAUCGAAGACCAGCCGGGUACCUUGAGGAUUGCUGUUGGUUUAUUGGAUGACCCGAAUGGGGCUCGAGCCGAGGACCUGUUGUCGUGGGACUACGUGAACGUUGAGCACGAGCAAGACGCAGUCGGAGAUUGGAGAAAGAACAUCGUGGAUGCCGCGAGAGAGCAGGGGAAACAAUACCUUGAUAAGUGUGUCUAA